CUAGUGAGUCGACUCGCUAGUUAAGGAGAAGAAAAAAACCCACCCAGCGAGUUGACUCAGCUUCAUCGACGUGGGGUUGGGUUGACCAACGUCCCACUACAUCUAACUAACAUACUCCCUUUUCUUGAAUUUGCAAAACCAGUGGGCAAAAUCCACAAGUCAAAGAUAUGAAGAAAUCGUUUUUUAAUCCGAUCUUCUUCACUUUUUUCCUCUCCAUUUCAUGUUUUCUCUCCACCAUGUUCGCCGAAUCAACUCAAGACUCGCUUCUUGGAUCAGCUCGCGUUGUUUUUCAGACAAAUUACGGUGACAUUGAGUUUGGUUUUUACCCUAGCGUGGCUCCACAGACAGUUGAGCACAUUUACAAACUUGUUCGUUUGGGAUGCUACAAUACAAAUCACUUCUUCCGGGUGGAUAAGGGGUUCGUUGCACAAGUGGCUGAUGUGUCUGGCGGCAGAACCGCUCCUAUGAAUGAAGAACAGAGGAAAGAAGCUGAAAAAACAAUUAAAGGCGAAUUCAGUGAUGUUAAGCAUGUAAGAGGAAUUCUUUCUAUGGGGAGGUAUUCAGAUCCGGACAGUGCUCAAUCCUCAUUUUCGAUGCUUCUUGGAGAUGCUCCACACCUUGACCAUGAGUAUGCAAUUUUCGGCAAAGUUACCAAAGGCGACGAGACACUGAAGAAGCUUGAGGAAUUACCCACUCGUCGUGAAGGGAUAUUUGUUAUGCCGACUGAGCGCAUCACGAUUCUGUCAACAUACUACUAUGAUACAGAGAUGGAGACUUGUCAACAGGAUAAGUCAAUACUUAAGCGGAGACUUGCUGCUUCUGCCGUUGAGAUCGAAAGACAGAGGAUGAAAUGCUUCCCGUGACCGAAAAAUAGGAAAAAAAGAAUGUAGCUGGCUAGUGAAGAAAUGUUGAAUUACUUGCAGCAUCGUCAACUGUUUGUAGAUGGUCAAGGUGGUGGGCCUGGUUCUAGCAACCCGUAGAGACAACCCAACCAUACUUGUGAUAGACAUACCCAUGUGCAGAUCACAUGCUUAAGGUAAAUAGGGUACACUAGAGCUUUUAUUGAUGGCUGCUUUGAAUGCAGACACAUGUGGAUUGCGUUUGUUUGUUAUGCUAAUAGACAAGAAUGAGGUGAUGGUUCUUGGAUGUCAGUGUCAUGUGUGUGUCGUCCCCGUUUCUUAAUUCAUACCAUUAUUCAGGUUUUCGGUUUUUAUCACAAACAAAAUAAAUCUGACAGAUGUCCUUUGGGGUCUAGCCCCCCACCAAGCAUCAAGAAUUAUUAUGGUAUGUUAUGUUA